AUGAAAGUUCCGAGGACAUCAUUAAAUUGCUACCACGCAGUGGUUACAGAGGCAUUAUAUUCACAUCUCGCUCCCCAAAAAAUUUCUAGCGUACAACAUACGCUCCAAAUUCCCCGCUAUAUCACACAAUUACAACAGACCGACCUCAAUAACCUCCUUAUCCGAGCCGUACAGAAUGAAGAUGUUCCAGCCAUCAAAGAUGCAGUUAAUCAAGGCGCCAAUGUCAAUACACUCAUCUGGAACCAACGGCCUGUUCUCCACCGCUGCGUUACUUUAUCUCUGCCAGAAGCCGUUCGUUUCUUACUAGCUAAUGGUGCACACCCUUACCGUGUGGAAAAAUGCACUAAUGCACUCUACUGGGCAGCCAAAGAAAACGAUGUGGAUAUCUUUCGUCUGAUCAUAGAUUAUGAAGAUGAGGCGGGUUCGGUAUGGAAACCGGCAGAUUACCAAACUGCUUUUGAUGCGUGUGCGGAGAAGGGGAAUGUACAGAUUAUGAAAAUUAUUUUGGCAAAGACGGAACAUGUCUAUUUUAGUAAUGAGGAUGGGGAUGGGACGACGCCAUUUAAGAACGCGGCUGCGAAAGGACAGGCGGAAAUGGUUAGAUUUCUAAUCGAGGUGGGGGCGUUGAGGGAAGAUAUAAAGCAAUGGGAAGAUGCACUGAUACGCGCGGCCAUGGAUGGGAAUUUCCUAAUCGUGAAACUCUUAUGUGAGGAAGGCAAUGUGAACCUAAAUGCGAGAGACGAACAUGGAACGACAGCGUUAUGCUAUGCUGCAAAACUAAAAGGCAAGGAUACAAGCCCCGAAUUUGGGAUUGAGAUGGCGCGAUUUCUGCUCGACAAAGGAGCCGAUCCGAAUAUAUGUGGUGAAGACGAAGGGCCACUACACGGAGCUGCUCUCCAAGACCAUCCGGAAAUGCUUCAACUCUUACUAGAUCACGGCGCUGAUAUUACACAUCGACUUAACGGACGGUCGCCGUUGGAAUUGGCGAUACAAUAUAACAGUCCACUGGUUAUUACAUUUAUCGCAAAUUUUGUCAUGGCCCCUGAAGAUUUGGAUAAACGGGGAGACAUGCUUGAUGCGGCUUUACUAUAUGCUGCUGGAAAGGGAGAUCGCUAUGGGAUUCUUGUGUUGUUGAAAGCGGGUGCUGAUAUUGAUGCGAGACGGGCAAAGGAAGCUGGAGGGGGUACACCACUACUUGUCGCGAUUGGCAGUGGGGAAAUUCAGAGUGCGAGGUUGUUGAUGAGACAGGGUGCGAAGAUGGAUAUCGUGGAUGGAAGAGGGAGGACGGCGCUGGAAAUGGCGGUUAAGUGUGGAUAUGAAUUGUUGGUUAGGGAUAUGGUUGGAAAGGGUGGGGAUUUGAAUAUGAAGGUUGGGGAGAAUGGGGAUACGGUUUUGGGUGUGGCGGUUAGGGAAGGACAUGUGAAUGUUGUGAUGAUUUUGUUGGAGAAAGGUGUGGUUAUAAAUGAGAGGAAUGGAUUUGGAGAGACUGCUUUGGAUAUUGCGGAGGAGAAGGGGGAUAAGAAGAUUAUUGCUCUGUUGGAAGGAGGAGAGGUUGAGGAUGAAUAG